AUGCUGGGUCGAAGCCUUCUCCUGGCGGCUGCCGCGGCCUUGCCCGUGCAUGUCAUCGCCUCCUCGGUGGUUCGAAUUAGAGACAUAGCCUACUAUGUCCCAGACAAAGUCGAGGUGGACAAACCUUUCGAUGUCAAAGAGCCGCUCCCUAUCACGGUGGUGACUUCGACUAAGAAAUCAAUCUCGGCUGCAUGGCUCAAUGAGACCAUCGCUGACUUUAAAGCAAAAGACGAUGUCUAUUCAGAGGACUUCUUAUCAGCCUUUUACUUUCAAGGUCCUGAGGGAGUUACUCUUGCAAGUGAUGCUCGGGAUCUCGUUCACAAUCUGAAACCACACCUUGUUAAAUUUUCUCAUUCCUCUUCUCAUGAUGCGCUGCCUGACGGUCCGUACUUUGCUACACGCUACGGACUUCACCGUGCCUGGCGCCUCUAUGACGACUUCAGCAACUCUUUUGUCCUUGCUUCAGUUCCAUCGGACGAGAGUUCGGACAUCUAUGAGCCUCUUGCAGCCAACAGUGGAAACCAGUUGGGAGUGAUCUCAGUGGCUGUCCCAUCCAGACUUUUCUACACGCCUACCGCCGAAAAGCCUCUCGCUGGGUACCGUGUGGGAGUCAAAGAUGAAUAUGACAUUAAUGGUCUCAUCACGACUUACGGCAGUCGAGCUUACGCAAAGACAUACCCCCCAGCCAACCAGACCUCUGGAGUCAUCCAGAAUCUGAUUGACCAAGGUGCCAUUAUUGUCGGCAAGACAAAGCUGUCCUUGUUCGCGGGCGCUCUAUUUACAGCCUCUGAAUGGGCUGAUUAUGAACUCCCAGUCAAUGUCCGAGCGGAUACGUAUCAAGUUCCUGGUGCUUCUUCAGCAGGAUCUGGCUCCUCGAUGGCUGCAUAUGACUGGUUGGAUAACACAAUUGGUGAAGAUACUGGUGGUUCUAUGCGUUUCCCGUCCGCACUGAAUGGUGUCUUCGGCAUCCGCUCGUCAAUCAACAGCACAAACAACACCGCCACAAAAUUCGGACCGUUCGAUGUCGCGGGACACUUUGCCCGUGAUGUUGACUCCUUCAACACUUUCGGCUCAGCCAUGUAUCGCGGAUCCGGAUUGAAGAAUUACACCAAGUUCCCCACUAAGAUUCUCUACCCACAAGAGUACUGGGUCAAUAUCGCGAAGAACUAUACCGCUCCCGGCGAAGAAUAUGUCCAGAAGUUGGAAGCAUUCCUGGGCGUUAACCGAACUAUUGUCGACACCAACAAACUGUGGCUCAAGACUUCUGGUCACGGAAACGUCAGCAUAGCAGACUACUUCAAAGAUACUUACACAUAUGUUCAGAACUCCUAUACAUUUUCCAAUGAUUUUAAGGCAGACUACUAUGAGAAGUUUGGAAGUUACCCCUACAUGUCUGUCGACACAGUAGGAUCAAACUCUACCGAGCCAGAGAGCAAAGCCAAAGCCAAGCUUGGAAAGGACCAAAGAGAAGAGUUCCAAUCUUGGUACAGAAAAUACUUCCUUGGCUCCGAUGAUGAGACGUGCUCACAGACGAUUGUUGUCUUCCCAUUCAACGGAAAUGGUGGCGUUCCUUGGUACCGAGACGCUACCACGAAGGACUCAGCGGGUGGCUUUGCCGCUGCACCAGAGGGAUACCUCAGCUGGAACAUGCUUUCAGUUCUCAACGGAAGUCCUGAAUUGGCAGUUCCCGUUGGUGAGGUUGGAUAUACGAGCAAGAUCAGCUUGGUUGAAGAGAGGAUUCCCGUUGCUCUUGAGAUCCAAGCGGCAUAUGGAUGCGACUUGAUGUUGUUAAACCUUGUCCGUGAAUUGGCAUACAACACAGACGCUACCAAGAGUGUCAAGACGGGACGCUUCCUGUUCUAG